AUGUUGGACAUCAACAUCUUCAGGCCAGAGAAGGGGGGCGAUCCCGAGGUCGUGCGGGAGUCCCAGCGUCGGCGGUACGCCGACGUGGCCUUGGUGGACCGCGUAGUGGAGCUGGACUCCGAGUGGAGGGAUGUGCGCGGCCGCCUGGACGGCGCCAAGAUGGAGUUCAACCGCCUGGUGAACGAGAUCAAGGAGCUGCGCAAGGCCAAGCAGGACGCCACAGAGCUGCAGGAGGCCUCCAAGGCCAUGAAGGGGGGCAUCAAGGAGCUGGAGGACAGGGAGAAGGAGCUGGCGGAAGCCCGCGACAGCGCGCUGCUUCCCAUCGGCAACCUGGUGCAUGACACCGUGCCUGUGUCCGACAACGAGGACAACAAUGUGGUGGUGAAGGAGGUGGGGACACCCGCCCCCGCGGAGGGCAUGCUCAACCACGUCGACCUCGUACAGCGGCUGGGCAUUGCCGAGCUGGACCAAGGCACCGUGGUGGCAGGCAGCCGCGGGUUCUACCUGAAGAACGAGGGCGUGCUCCUGAACCAGGCGCUGAUCAACUACGCGCUGCAGUUUGCAUACCGGCGCGGCUUCGUUCCCGUGCAGACGCCCUUCUUCAUGCAGAAGGACAUCAUGGCGGAGUGCGCGCAGCUGAGCCAGUUUGACGAGGAGCUGUACCGCGUGAGUGGGGAGGGAGCGGACAAGUACCUGAUCGCCACGGCGGAGCAGCCGCUGUGUGCCCUGCACCGCAAGGGCUGGUUCGAGCCAGGCGAGCUGCCCGUCAAGUACGUGGGCUACUCCACCUGCUUCCGGAAGGAGGCGGGCAGCCACGGGCGCGACACGCUGGGCAUCUUCCGGGUGCACCAGUUCGAGAAGGUGGAGCAGUUCGUCAUCACCUCCCCCGCCGAGGACGCCUCCUGGCGCGCCUUUGAGGAGAUGAUCACAAACUCGGAGGAGUUUUAUGCCAGCCUGGACCUGCCAUACAGGGUGGUCAACAUCGUGUCUGGGGAGCUGAACAACGCCGCCGCGAAGAAGUACGACUUGGAAGCGUGGUUCCCGGCCUCCCAGACCUACAGGGAGCUGGUCUCCUGCAGCAACUGCCUCGACUACCAGUCGCGGCGCCUAGACAUCCGCAUGCGCACCCCCAAGGGCCCCGCCGGUGAGACCAAAAAGGAGUACGUGCACCUGCUCAACUCCACCCUGACAGCAACGGAGCGGACGCUGUGCUGCAUCCUGGAGAACCACCAGACGCCAGAGGGCAUCAGGGUGCCCAAGGUUCUGCAGCCCUUCAUGCCCGACAUCGACUUUGUCAAGUUCAGGGCGCCCCUGGACACCAAGCGCAAGUGA